CUUGCUUUUACUGUCAGAAUAUGCUGCGUUUCAAAAGAGGAACAGACGCUUCUGAGUUUCAAAUUGUUAAUACUGGAGCCGCGACUCAGGUGGGUUUCACGACUUCCUAAUCCUAAUAGUGCAGUCUAAGAAACGCAAAAGUAUCACUCGGAAACAGCGGGAUUCGGUCACAGUUCCGCAGAGCUCUCCGAAGAAACUCCUAAAGCCUGUGUGGAAUGAUGAGGAGGAUGUCGCUUCUACAGAAUUUUCUCGGUAAACCUCCGUAUCCAUCCUGUAACGUUCUUCAGUCCACCAGCUGUUUUAGACGUAAGUGCAUGCCUCAGGUUAUCUGGCGAUGUAGCUAAUUCCGGCGCUUCAUGCGAACUGAGUGAUGAUCAGCUGGUCUCGUGCACUACGAAAAUCUUACGAGAGGAGAAAUCUACGGGUCUUCCUUCCGGCAAAACCAUCGCCAUCCGGCGGGUUUUCGAUGCGAAUCGUGAGCGAAUUUCAAUGGGUGCCCUCAGUGCGGUUCAUUUCAAUCCACUGUAUCAGAUGUCUCUAACUGCUAGCGUUGACAGUACGCUGGCGUUCUUCAAAAUCUAUGACUUGGAGACCGGUGUGGAAACACGGGCGAGUCCUUUCAUUGGGUCGCGUUCCGACGAAAUUCUGGUGAAUUGCGAAAUGUCUUCUGGUCAUCCUAAUAUCGUUGGUUUGGGCACGACAGACAAACAGGUCUACCUGGCUGAUUUGAGGAGUCUGGAGAAGGUGGCUGUACUACGGACGAAAGGGACGCUUCAGUCAUUCACGUUCCUGGAUGAUGGGACUUUUGUUCAUACCCUCGAUGCCAACGGCUUCGUUUACGUGUUCGACGUGAGAGGCAGAAAACCCCACUUUGCGCAUCAAUGGUGCGAUCAGGCGUGCACUGGCGGAACCAGAAUAGCCAGUUCUGUCAACUCAAGUUGGAUUGCUUGCGGGUCCGAUUGCGGUUUUGUAAAUGUGUACCAAAUGACCCAGACCAUGAUAUCCAGCAAUCCCGUACCAGAUAAAUCCAUAGCGAAUGUGCAAACAGCCAUCGAUUCUAUGGCUUUUCAUCCAGCGUCAGAAAUGCUAUGCUUGGGUUCUUCUCAGAUGCCCGCGGCUAUCCGUUUGUACCACCUCUACGGUCAUCAGGUGUUUGACAACUUCCCGGUAUGUGUUGGACGAUUAGGGAAGCCAACCUCGAUCGCAUUCAGUCCAGGUGGAGGUUACCUUUGUGUCGGACAGAGUAAUGGACGCGCAGCAUUGUACCAUAUAUCUCACUAUAUUGACUAUUAA